UUUUUUUGUAAUUUAUUUCCAUUUAAUUCUACCCGACACUUAAAUUAUGUGGGGAGAUUAUCUUAUAUGUGAUAUCAUAAACCAUUUUGUACAACUGAGUUCUCAUGUAUAUAAAUAUACUUUUAUAGGCUUUAUCGAAAAUCUGAUAAGGAGAAAACAAUGGCUGCUGGCUAUUAGAUACAUCUAUGUAUAUGAACUUGUUGACUUGUUUCCACCUGUGCCCCUUCUUAAAGACUUCGUGCUAUACUCAGAAGAGCUAGCCAAGAAAAUACAUGAUAAUGGACUCGGUUCUCGUGAAGCCCAAGAAAAAGCUAUAAAUUGUGAAAUAUCUGCAUUGAUAGCUGCAGUAAAACGCAUAUUGUGGCACAACCUUCAAUCAGAAUACUCACCUGACCACCUUAGAGCUCGUAUUGCAAAGCUUCGAAGGCAGAUGGCAGACCUAAGGAUCCCAAACCAACACUCCGGCUUCACUACUAAGUCUCAAGUUGACGACAGAGAUGAAGGAACUCUAUGUGCUCCGAUUUCUCAAGUGCAAAAAGCUGUCAUGAAAAAACGUCUUGCCUCAGCUACAGAGGGUGUUAUUGUACAUGAGUCCCAACAACAGCGAAAACUUAAGCGUGUUUGCCAGUUACCCGAGCGGACAGAAGUUGGUCCAGAUGCCAUCAUUUGCAAUGCUUCUCUAUCAUCUUCUGUGCAAUCAUCUUCUCAACCCACAUCGGCAGAUGGCCAAAUUAGUACUGCGACACCAAACUACUCUGAAAAAGUGUUUUCUCAGCGCUUAGAGGGCUGCCCUGAAGAUGACCAGAUUUGUGAUUCUGGACAAGCAUCUUCCCAACUAUUUGGUGAUUCACAUGCUUAUGAUGAUACUGAGGUUGAAGCUGAAGUACCGGUUCAGAUAAACCCAGUUUAUCAUUCUGGGCAAAAUUUGGUGCCAAAACUUCAGGAGCUACUGAGUAAGCUCAAGAAUUCUUUGUCCAGCUCAGGGAAGACUGAAGAUCAUGAGAGGACGUAGCGGGAAGUGAAAAGGGGCAAGAAGAGUUAGCUAGCAAAUUAUUUGAUUCUUCUCUGUAAAUGGUAGGUAAAUACAUGUACUAUACAAAAAGAUCAGUAACUAAUCUUAACCAGGGGACUAGCUAAGCUAUCUAACUAUUGGAUCUACUAAACUGUUUCUUCAGUUAAAAUUGAUGCUAACUAAAAUGUUAGCCGG